UGCGGACUGGGCGUUGAGGUCACGGGUGCCUCUCUGCCUGCCCAUGCCAACUUUAUAAAUAGCAUUCUCUAAUCUUUGCCACUACUCGUAUUCCACCAAGAAGUCUGCAGCAAUCCCCCCUAAGCCAACGGAAAAAAAAAAAAAAACAAUGCGCCUCAACUUGUUCCAUCUAGCCUCCAUGCUCAUCCUCUUAUUCUCCCCUUCUGGGGCUUCCGGCAUCUACACAACCGUCGGCGGCCGCAUUAACGGUGGCGGUCAUGGGAGAAAAGCUGGCCCCGAUGAAGUCUCUCCUGGUCCUAGCACGGGGACGCCAACGGGGGCUAGUGGGUCGGGCCAUGGUAGCAACUGGGACUAUAGUUGGGGUUGGGGCUCAAGCCCAGGAAGUGGGUGGGGGUACGGGUCAGGGUCGGGUCGGUCCCCGAGCGGGUCUGGCAGUGGUUACGGCUUUGGUUUUGGAACUGGGUCAGGCUCGGGUUCAGGGUAUGGAUAUGGGUCAGGAAGCGGUGGUGCUCAUGGCGGUGGGUAUGGAUCUGGGUCAGGUUCUGGUGCUUCUGGGGGUGGCGGCGGCGGCGGCGGAGGAAUUGGUGGCCCGAAUGGUGUCUAUGGCAAUCACCCGCCAAUGGUUUCUAGGGACAAAGGCAAUCGUGACUGAUAAUGCUUCGAAUUAAUCGUACAUUUAUGCUUCGAACUAAAAUUUUCUUUUCUUGUAGAGAACAGAAAAAAUAUGCCAAGUAGUUAAGUACCACUGUCAUUAUUUUAGUACACAAUAUAAUAUAUGUGUUAGCAGCUUUCUAUUAGUCCCUUAAAACAGCAUACCUUGUUAUCAUGGAUGGCAUUUUGAGCCUUCUUUAAAAUAUUUCUCAAUUUUUUUGGUUGUGACAUGCAAGAAAAAAUAUAUGUACUUUCGAUAUUAGCAUAUUGGACCAA